AUGUACGCGAGAAAUUUUCGUUCCAAGACUUUGCAAGUUAACAAAAAAAUCAUUGGAUCUUGUUCGGGCUGUAAACGAUUCAGACUGACACCAGCGCAGGUACCUUGUCCUGGUCCCCUUCCGGAGACAAGAACAGACCCAUCCAAUACAUUUGAAAUCAUUGGCGUUGAUUUCGCAGAACCCAUAACGUACAGAAAAAAUAAAAGAGAAGGGAAAUCCUACAUCGUUUUAUAUUCAUGUUCUCUGACACUGGCAGUAUUUCUUGAUCUCGUGCCUAGCUUGGAAACCAGUGAAUUCAUCAAGAGCUUUAAACGUCUUGUGGCUAGAAGAGGAAAACCCUCCAUCAUAUACUCGGAUAACGCUACCACCUUCGUGGCAGCGUCAAAGUGGCUGAAGAGUGUACAAAAAGACAGACAGCUUAAUCACUUUCUCAACAAAGAAUUAGUGUCGUGGCGGUUCAAUCUCAGUAGGGCUCCCUGGUGCGGAGGUCAGUUUGAACGGUUAAUAGGAUUGAUGAAGAGCUGCUUCUAUAGGGCUAUUGGAAACGGUGAGUUAACUUGGGAUGAGUUGUCUGUAGUUUUAUUGGAUGUGGAAUUAGCGAUAAACAGUAGACAGCUUUGUUAUAUGUAG